GGCGGGGCCGGCCCGGCGGCGGCGCAGAGGGGAGGGGGAGGAGGCGGAUCCAUCAUGGCGUCGAUGCAGAAACGAUUACAAAAAGAACUAUUGGCAUUUCAAAAUGAUCCACCUCCGGGAAUGACUCUAGAUGAAAAGAGUGUACAAAAUUCAAUUACACAGUGGAUUGUAGACAUGGAAGGUGCUCCAGGAACACUCUAUGAAGGGGAAAAAUUUCAGCUUUUAUUUAAGUUUAGUAGUCGGUAUCCUUUUGAUUCGCCUCAGGUCAUGUUUACUGGAGACAAUAUCCCUGUUCAUCCUCAUGUUUAUAGCAAUGGUCAUAUCUGUUUAUCCAUUCUAACAGAAGACUGGUCUCCAGCCCUCUCAGUGCAAUCUGUUUGUCUUAGCAUUAUUAGCAUGCUUUCCAGCUGCAAAGAAAAGAGGCGACCUCCAGAUAACUCAUUUUAUGUAAGAACAUGUAACAAGAAUCCAAAGAAAACAAAAUGGUGGUAUCAUGCAUUUGUCAUCCUCCACCCAGAGCUGCAGUUGGCUGUAUGUGCUUGUCUUAUCCACUCCAUUGGAAAAUUCUGUACAAACAGUAGUCAUUGGAAGCGCAAGUACUUUGGGAAGGGAUAUGUCAGAGAAGGUAAUACUCCAUGCUAGUGUAGUGCAAAACAGUUGAUUCCAUCACUGCAGAGGCAGGUGAAGGUUCCACCAUAAGACAUCCUCAGUUUUUCAUGGCCUCCUCACUCCAGUGUUGGUUCUGUCCCUGAAGUGAAAACUAGAGCAAGUAUUUUGAGGCAGUAAGAGUUCAUAACUGGAGAGGCAAAUUCCAAAGUCUUCACCCUUAAAAUUCUUAAGAUUCUUAAAAGCCCAUGGAUGGCCUAACAAGAAAAACUUGAUAGUUUCAUAAUACUUGCUGAGACCCAUGGGGUUUCGACAUAUGGUAAUGUAACAGAAUGAAACUUUGUUUCUCAUAAUACAGUAAUUGUAACCCCAAAACAAGGUGGUUUCAGGUACAGUAAGAGAAUUGCUGUAUGCCAUGAGAUUAAGGUAUAUCAAAGAAACUUGGGACCAUCAUGUGGUUGUUUUUAAUGUUGACUCUAAGAAUAAUAAUCAUAUUGCACACAAGGAUAGAUUUUUCAUCCUCACCAGAUUAUUCAGCAGUCACUUUCUUUUCUCUCUCUCUUUUCAUGCUCUUGUAACGUGCUUGGUGCUUCUCCAUUUCUAGCUUUUGUUUCUCUUACGUGGCAGUUUUGGGAGAAUUUUUGUGAACUUUCAAUUUUUACUUGCUAGUUACUUUUAAAGAGAAACAGGUAAAGUUCCAUUUAUUGGCUUUAUCUUGCGAUUAAAAUAUAUUCUGUCUGCAUUUAAUUUGUACCAGUCUCAUUUUGAUUUAGAAUAGAAAUCUGUAAAAGCAGAACAGUCUGCAGAUAUUACUUUUAUUUCUUAAUAUUGAAAUUCUAUUUGUGUUAAACAAGCAAAACAGAAACUUAGUAUGAAAAGAAAUCUGAAUUACUGAUUCUGAAGGUUGCUGUAUUAUUAUGGCUCAAAACCACAAGUUACAGUUCAUUGAAUGGGUAUUUUAGUUACUAUGAAGUAAUUAUGCAGUGGUUUUUUUCUGGAAGUCAGAAAACUUUACCCCUUCUCAAAUUCGGAACAACCUAAAAACCAACCUGAGGCAGGAGAAAGAAAGUUCAUUUAAGUAACUCAUACUGUCUUGAUUAAAAAUUCAUUGGGUUCCCCACCACCUUGAAUUCUUACAUGAAAAAAUGAAAUAUUCCUGAUGUCCACAGGACAAAAAUUUCAUAAAUGAUUAGUAUUUUCCCUUCCAUUUUUGUGUGUGUCAUUUGCUUCUUUUCUCAUUUAAUUUUGUUUCUCCUAUGUGGACAUAGAACAAGACUGCCAAGGCAUGAUCUUUAAAUUGUCAGUGUUUUCUAAACAGGUUUAAAAAAAAGGUAUGUUACAGUAAAAUGGGAAGUGUGAAAAGAUGCUUCUGUCAUGUUUAUUUUCUGCUCAUGCUUCAGCUGAAGUGUCGUAUAUCUAAUCUUGUGGUUGAACCACGUUUGGCUGAAAAAGUGAGAGAAGAAAAAACAAUCCCACCCAGGAAAGAAAACCAGCUCUCCAAGGCUAACUGUUGUGAGAAAUUAAAUGCCAAUGCUAAUACAACAACCUGUGGAGGGAGGUGCAGAGUGGUUCUGCCAUUUCUUCUGUCUGCUGCCCAUUGGACUGGUUUAGCUUUAAUGUGACAUAGUAGCUCUGUGUUUUGAAGAGAUAGGAAGAAGUCUGUCAUAGGUAUUAAUACAGGCAUUUGAAGGAAAUUUUCUUUUUCCAGUAUGUGUCUGGAAUUUAUUUACCUGGGAGCAAAAUAGUCCCUGGGAGCUGAUGUAAAGAAAACCCAGAUGAGCACAGAGUGAUCAAGUGGCACUUAGAAAGAUAUUCUGACAUGUAAAUAUAUGUCUGCAUUCAUCUUAAUACAGAGUUUUUAAUGUCAUAUCAUCCCCCCCCAACACAGCAACGUAUUCCUCGAGCAGAGUUAUGGAGCUUUGUUUGCUACAAAAUGAUGUCCCCCCAAGCCCUGUUUUAAAGCUCCUGAUCUUUGAUAACUGAAAAUACUUCUAGAUUGUCUACCUUACCCAAUGUCUGUUUCAGCUGCACAUUGACUUUCCUGCUGAAUUUCCAUCUGAGAGUUGCUCAUGAUGUCUUAAAGACAGAGGAGGGUCUUCCAGAUACAGUUUAUUUGGGCAUCCAGACUGAAAUCUGUUUCAUUAAGCUGUUGACUUCCUUUGUUGUUCUCAGGAGGUAGAUUUUUUUAUUAUAGGGGGAGGGUGAGGUGUGGAGGAAGGAAAAGGCAAUGGUGUUUUUUUUCAACCAGCACUUCCUUGCUGCUUUUGGGUUUUGAGGUUGGUUUGGUUUUGGUUUUUUCUUAAGUAGAAAGUAUUUUCUCUGAUAUUUGGUCUAAGAUUUUAGUAUACCAUUUAAAUAUCCCUUCUCUCUCUCUUUUGCAUACUUGUUCAUUUUAUUUUACAUAUGCAGUAGCCUACUGAAAAAUUAAAGAGCUUUUUUACAAGUAAUAGCUUUGAUAUAAUAUUUUCCCAUGAGAAUGUAGAAUGUUAUGAGGCUACAUUUUUUUAGGUGUGGGAGGUUGCAAGUAAGUUCUUUAAAAAUAAGCAGACAGUAACUUUGCUUUCUGUUAACAACUCAAUAUUUACUGCUAGCAGGUGCAAAUGUACCACAGGUUGAUGUGUGAAGGAGAAUGUUUAAAAGGGAGAGCAUUAAUAUGCAGCGUAAUGCAGAAAAUAUAGGUAUAGAACGUGCAUUUUUAUAGUAUGUUCUGUCUAAUCACAGUAUCUAAAAUUUAGUGUAUGUAAUUUAAUUUCAGGUUUAAGAUUUUAGGAUUAUUAUUUUAGGACUUUUUUGCAUAAAUCUGUCAGCUAUUGUUUUGUGUUGAGUCUUGAUAAAUAAACACACACACACACACACAUGCACAUAUAAAGGGUUGAAAAUGCAUCAGAAGCAGCCCACUCUGCUGGGUCUUAUCCCUAUAUAUUCCUUAUUAAAGGAUGUGUUAAUUAGAUGACUGUUGUGGAUCUGCUGUACUUCAAGGGUGCAAAAUGUUAAACAUAUUUGAUUUUUUGUUUUCCUGGCAAGUGGUUUUCUAAAUAUCAAGCAUGGAAAUGACUGUCAUUUUUAUGGUGUAUUUGCUAAUACUAAUGUCUUUGGGGGUGUAUGUGUAUUUUGGAAGUUUACUUUUUGAUACUCUCUUUUCUCCCCAAGUCGUAGUUGAACAAAAUCACAGAAUUACUCAGAGUAUUUCCUCUGCAUGUUACUGUCUAUGCUAGGAAUUGUUUCUGCCUAUAGCACCUUGCUAAUUUUGAAUUAGAAUGUUUAUAUGUUUUCCAUAAAUGCUCUUCUUUUAUU